AUGGCUCGCACCAAAAGGACUUUCCAUCUAAUAAAACCGCCUACUAGCCAGCCUUCCCGUGCUAGCCUUCCAUUCUCCCCAACCCCUUCUCAAAUUCCUGAAUCUUCUUCUCCUGUUCCUGCACCUUCUUCUUCAAUCUCUGAACCUACUUCUUUUGCUCCUGCACCUUCUUCAAUUCCUAAACCUACUUCUUCCCCCCUUACCCACGAAGAUCGGCCAAGGAAGAGAAUCAAAGUCACUAAAAAACAUCCUGCCUAUAUUAAAGAACCUAUUUUGCCCGUCCUCGAUUUUUCUAAUAGAAUUCAAGCAUUAUCUUGGCCGAUAUGCAAAGCCAUCAUUGUUGGAGAUCUAACAGGACCUCUAAAGCAAGGACGAGAGACUGACUAG